CCUCAAACCCCUCACAGGUGUGUGUGUGUUUGUGAAAACAUUUUUGAGAAUCCUUAUGCUCUGCGCAUAGAAAUGGAUGAUCAGAAGUACACAAAACCCUACAAAGCUCAUGUUCUGGUCCUUCCCUACCCUGCCCAAGGCCACAUAAACCCCAUGCUUCAAUUCUGCAAGCGUUUGGUCACCAGAGAUAUCAAAGCCACAUUUGCGAACAGUGUCUUUAUCUCUAAAUCCAUGCAUGCCCAUCCCGGAACCUCAAUCACCUUCGAGACUAUCUCCGACGGCUACGACGACGGUGGCUAUGAACAAGCUGGGAGCGCCGAGGCAUACCUGGAAAUGUUCCGAAUCGCCGGGUCAGAAACUUUGGCAGAUCUGAUCAAGAAACUUGAUGCUUCAGGCCACCCUGUGGAUGCCCUUAUCUAUGAUGGGUUCUUACCUUGGGCACUUGAUGUUGCUAAGCAGUUUGGGAUUGUGGGAGUUGUUUUUUUCACUCAGUCUUGUGCUGUGAAUAGUAUAUAUUAUCAUGUGCAUAAGGGCCUUCUUCCACUUCCUCUUUCUGGUAAAAAUGUUUCACUCCCCGGAUUGCCAUUUCUGGAAAAUUGGGAGACACCAUCCUUUGUAUAUAUUUAUGGGUCAUACCCGGGUUUCUAUGACAUGGUUGUCAAUCAGUUCUCUAACAUUGAUGGAGCAGAUUGGGUUCUUUUCAACACUUUCUAUGAAUUGGAGCAAGAGGUACUGGAUUGGGUGGCAAAACUUUGGAGGGUAAGGACAAUAGGACCAACACUACCAUCAAAGUAUUUGGACAAACGUCUCAAAGAGGAUACUGACUAUGGCAUCAAUAUCUUCAAGCCAAACUCCAGCGCCUGUAUGAAUUGGUUAAACAGUAAACCAAAUAGCUCAGUUGUUUACGUAUCCUUCGGAAGCAUGGCAGAGCUUGGAGAGGAGCAAAUGGAGGAAAUAGCUUGGAGUUUGAAGGACAGCAACUUCAACUUCCUGUGGGCGGUCAGGGCAUCUGAACAGUCAAAGCUUCCAAGCAAGUUUAUCGAUGACCCAACACUCGAAAAGGGCUUGAUUGUGUCAUGGAGUCCACAAUUGGAGGUGCUGGAACAUGAGGCAAUUGGGUGUUUUGUGACACAUUGUGGGUUGAAUUCUGUUCUUGAGGCAAUAUGCUUGGGAGUGCCAAUGGUGGCAAUACCACAGUGGACUGAUCAAGGAACCAAUGCAAAGUUUGUGGAGGAUGUUUGGUGCAUGGGGCUGAGAACUAAGGCAGAUGAGAAGGGCAUUGUGAGGAGAGGAGAGUUGGAGUGUUGCAUAAAGGAGGUGAUGGAGGGAGAGAGAGGAAGAGAGAUUAAAAAGAAUUCAAGCAAAUGGAAGACUUUGGCCAUUGAAGCUGUUGAUAAAGGUGGAAGUUCAGAUAAGAACAUCGAUGAAUUUGCAGCUGCAUUAGCACAAUCACAUAGGUAGCGCUCAUAGAUGGUCGUACUCGGCGCACAAAAUUUCUACUUCUAUUUGGGUUUGAGAGGUGUACCACCAAUAAAUUAUCAUGAAAAAAAAAAAAACAAAAGCAUGAAAUAGGUUGAUUGUUGUGUGCAAUCAAACUUUGUCAGAAGUAUGGUUUGUGAGAAUUCAUUGCUUUCUUAUGUAUUUUCUUUGCCUGUUAUCUAAGAAGAAUUCCCAGGAAAUAAAUGGUCUUUGAAUUAAUAGAUUAUGUCGACUUCUUUGAUGGCACCUACUCAUCCAAAGUUUCCUAC